GUAUAAGGGUUGCUCUACAACAAAAACAUAUAUUAGUGGAGAGUCACCCAAGUUGAACAGGAGUCGGCCCUUGCUUUCGGAAUAAUAUAAGCGUGGUGCGUUUGAAAGAUCAACAAUAACAGCCUAAAACCGGUACUCAAAAGCACUUCAGCUUCUAUUGUGGACGAAUACAUGCGCUUCGAUGUUGUAUGUUUGGUUUCUGGAUGAGGAACAUUAUUAUUAGCGACCAUAAUUAUGGUCGAACAUGAGCUUGUACAGCACGCAUUGGAUGUAAACGAAUUCAUCAAAUAAAAAGCAGACGACAUAGCGAGUUUUUUUAUUGAAUGUAUGCUCUUUUAUGGUUUCUUCCAAUUCGUUUCCAUUUGUCUGCUGUGCCACAAACCAUUUCUUCGAUGGAUAGUAAUGAGAACAACAAGGUGUCGUUUGCCAAAGCAGAUGAAGUAAUCCCCCCUGCAGCCGACAACUACGAUGCCGUCGACCGAUACGUUUUCGGCAGUAUUCGUCGCUCGGUCCGGCAAAGUUCUUUGUCGCACGCCCGUAAGGUAUCGGUAGCCAACUCAAGCCAAGGGGCCGGCAACGACAUCGAGGAAGAAGGCGAACUGGACGUCGACGAUGAGACUUUCGACGAACACGCCGCCAUCGCUAAGCAUGUAGAAGAGAACGUGGUCGGAAACGAAACGGUGUUCGAUGGCCCUUAUGGAAACAGAGAGAUUGUCUACUGCGACUAUACGGCUUCGGGAAGGGCAGUCAAAUUCAUCGAAGACUACAUCACGGAACAUGUCCAGCCCCUGUAUGCCAACACCCACACAACUACUGGCCUAAUGGCUAGACAGACAACCAAAUUCAGGAAAGAAGCAAGGUAGGGCCUAUUUACUGGUUCUGAAAUUAGAUUUUAGAAUGGAAAAUUGCAACGGUAUGAAAUCGUAGCAUAUGCCAUGUUUUUUUUAAUGAGUAUGGUAAUGCACUACAUAGUGAUGUUACAAUGUUUUUUUUAAUCUCAAUGAUCAUGAUGAUAAUUAUUGUUGUAUAUAUAGUUCGAGCCCUGCAAACUGUGCCCUUCACAAAUCCAGCAUAUGUAUUUGAUAUUAAAACUACGUAUUUUUUUUAUAUUAAAAACGGGUUGAGUGGUCCAGUGGAUGGAGCAUUGGACUCAUAAUCGCAAGGUUGUGAGUUCGAAUCCCCACUCUGCCAUUGUCUCCAAUUUGAUAAAAAGGCCCGAUAGUAAUAUCUGUCGUCUAGUACAUGUAUAAGGUCAGCCACUAUGACUGAUUAACCUAGACAUAAAUUAUUGUUUCCUAUAGGUAAUUGGAUAUAUACCAGCUUAGCGUUUACCAGCAAAAAGCUGUCCUGCCGAGUUCCUACGGGAGUUAUCAUAAGCAGAAACAAACACUAAAACCUACACAAAUUUUAGUUGAAUACACGGAUGAAACGGGCAUAACUGAAUACUAAUAAAUCGGAUGUAAAAUCAAAUAAAGUUAUGAUAACAGCAUUCCGAACUUCCACAUAUUUUCACAAAAUAUUGAUAUCCUUAUUAGUAUAUUUGAAUUAGGGAAAUAUCGAGUACUGAAUAUACUUAAAUUUUGGCGAUCGUGACCAAAUCGUGAAAACAACAGCUCGGGACAUUGCUGAUCCGAAAUCUUGAGAAUAUCUGUACGCGAAAAUAAUUGGCUUUUACAGAUACCAGUAAUGUAUUAUAUUGUAUCAUGUUUAUUUUUUGUUUGAUAUUCCUGCCUUUCCACUGCAUUCUCAAUCUUUAUCAAAGGCACCAGUUCGGCAGAUCGUAAACUGGUUGUUGUAAAUUAGGGAGUAUCAACACAAUAAAAGAUUAACCGAUUGACGAUGUGCAUUGAUUCAGAAAUCGCUUGAGCUUUUAAAUUUGGAAACCACAGGUCCCAUUAUUCUUCUUGAAUGUAGUAUUGUACUGUUCAGGCAGGAGGCAAGGAUGGAUGAACGCCCAUUGUAGUGAGUGGUAUAAGAGAGAAAAAACAGGAAAAACAAGAUAAAGUGGCAUGGCAAAGAGGUCUUGGUUAUGUACCAGAGCUUCUGUCUAGGUCAGGGGUUCUCAAUAGGUGGCGCGCGCGCCACUUGUGGCGCACCGAGCCUUGCGGAGUGGCGCUUGGGAGCCGGUAUAAAAAAUAAAGGAAAAAUAUGGGAGAAAAAAUUUAUCUACCAGUAACCUGGCAAUAAGGUUUUGGUGAUCAUUUUAAUACAAAGAGAAAACAAAAACUCUUUACUUGACACUUAAUUGCUAAUUGAUUUCCUCAAAUUUUGUCCAAUUUAGCACUCGAUAACCCCUAAUAUGGAGGAUCGAUGGUGUUCUCCUUUUUAUUUAUUCUACGCUGUACAAAGUUUUUGUGCCGCACAAGUGAUUUGAAAACCCCGUUUGUAGGAUUUCUAUUUCAACGGCGAGAAAUUUUGCAUUUCCAGAGUAUACGUUUUGGUUAAGAGUUAAACAUCAAAUGAUAUGAUAUUCAAAGAACAUCCUGAUCAUAAAAGAUUAUGAAUUUGGGACAUAACAAGCAGAAACAUUGUUUCUGAAGCCGAUUAAAAUCCGAUGUAAAAGUGAAAUAAAUGUAUGCUCAGAUGCAUUGUCUGCCGUGAUUGCCUGCAUGCACUCUUGCUUAACAUGAACUGAAUGAACGAUACUGCACGUGAGUUAUAGAGAGAGAGGGGCAGUUGGGGCGUUAGUGCAGCUAGUGCAACGCCUAAUUUUCAGCCCUUGCAAAAUCGGGGAACGUAGCUUCAACCACUGGCGUACAGAUGGGGGUGGCGAUUGGGGGGCCCAAGUGUUUCAUGGCC